AUGACGCUCAAAGAUGUUGCUGAUAAAGCUACUGCGAAUGAAGCUGCUAUCAAUCAACUUAAAUCUGAUUUUAAAUCACUUUCCACGGACCUUACUCUUCAGAUCGAUACAUUGAAGGCUAGUUUCAAGGAAACUUUACAAGAGAAUAAUCGAAAUCUCAUUCAAUUACUCAGUAAGUCCAACAUUCCUAAUCGUCCAGAAGAUGCAGGUGGUUCACAUCACCAUGAUGACGACAACUCAAACUACUUUCAUCAACAUCAUUCUGCCUUUGUCAAUCACCACCAUCGAAUUCCAAAGCUCGAUUUUCCAAGAUUUAAUGAGGAAAAUCCUAGAGGGUGGAUCCAGAAGAGUGAACGCUAUUUUCAACUCAACGACAUUGAGGAACACAGGAAGGUUGACAUAGCUGCCAUCUACCUUGAAGGUAAGGCCGAGAAAUGGUGUCUAAAUUUUCAAGUUAAUAGAAAUAAAAUUACAUGGCAGGAUUUAUCUACUCAUCUUUGUGCUCGAUUUGAAAACCCUGUGGAGGAAAAUUUUGUUGGCAGUUUCAAUAAAUUAGUGCAAACUAAUUUUGUUGAUGAGUAUUAUGAAGAGUUUGAAUCACUCAAGGCUUUAGUGUUCAGAAUGAACCCAUCUUUGAGUGAAUCCUACUUUGGUAUGAGCUUUCUAAGUGGAUUGAAGGAUGACAUUGGCAAAUCUGUGUCUAUGUUUCACCCACAAACUUUGGCUAAUGCUUUUUCAUUAGCUAGACUACAAGAACAAAAGCUUCAAUUAGUGACUCCAUCACCCAGGCCAUUUUCAAAAUCAUUCAUUACCCCUUACAAUUCCAAUAGAACAUACUCCCCUGGCCCUUUACCACCUAAACCAAUUAUAACUUCACCUAAAUCCAACCGUACAACACCAAAAUCUUUUUUCACACCUCCAUUAAAGUCUGCACCAACACAUACUAUCAUUAAAAGACUUACUCAGGAGGAAAUGGACAAAAGAAGAGCACAAGGGUUGUGUUACAAUUGUGAUGCAGAUACUGAAGGAGAGGAAGACAUUUUUGAAGAAGCACCUGAAUCUCCCAUACAAUCUGAUGUUGAAAUAUCUCUCCAUGCUCUCACUGGCUCUGCCACUGGUGAGACAAUAAGAAUACCAGGUAUCACCAACAAGAAGACUGUUUCUGUCCUUAUUGACACAGGUAGCACCACAAGCUUCAUUUAUAGUAAAUUGGUUUCUUCACUUCAAUGUACUAUCACACCAACUCCACCUAUGAAGGUCACUGUUGCAAAUGGAGACCAGACAACAAGCUUAUGUAUCUGUUCUAAGCUACAAUGGAGCAUGCAGGGACACAAAUUUGUAGAAGAUUUAAGAGUCUUGCCACUAGGGAGUUGUGACAUAGUGCUUGGAGCAGAUUGGUUAAAACAAUUAGGUGAUGUGCUUUUCAACUUUGCCAAACUCAGUAUUUCUUUUCACUACAACAAUAAGAAGAUCACUUUACAGGGCACAACUCCUAAACACUCAUUCUUGAUGAUGAGUAGUGAAACAGAACCCUCUACAUUCCCACCUAAAAGAAGUCUUGAUCAUUCGAUUCCCUUACAGCCAUUGUCAUCACCUAUAAACCAAAGAGCCUAUAAGUGCUCGAAACUCAAUAGCAUUACUAUUAAAGAUAAGUUUCCUAUACCCAUUGUAGAUGAGCUACUAGAUGAACUACAAGGGUCUGUCAUUUUUUCUAAAAUUGAUCUUAGAGCUGGCUAUCAUCAAAUAAGAGUGCAUGAACAAGACAUCCACAAAACUGCAUUCAGAACUCAUCAAGGACAUUAUGAGUUUAAAUUCAUGCCCUUUGGCCUCACCAAUGCUCCUGCUACACUCCAAGCACUGAUGAAUGAAAUCUUUCAGCCAUAUUUGAGAAAAUUUGUAUUGGUGUUCUUUGAUGAUAUUCUCAUCUACAGUCAUAGCAUGAGUGAACAAUUGGACCAUCUCAGGCUAUUUUUUUCUUUACUCAGACAAUAUCAUCUAUUUGCUAAAAUGUAUAAAUGCUGUUUUGGACAACCUUCCUUGGAAUAUUUUGGCCAUAUAGUUACAGCCGAAGGGGUUUCUGCAGAUCCAACAAAAAUUGCUUGUAUGCAGUCUUGGCCAGUACCUAAAAAUAUUGAGGAACUGAGGGGUUUCCUUGGCCUCACUGGAUAUUAUAGGAAGUUUGUGCAGCACUGUGGAGCUAUCAGCAAGCCACUCACCAACCUUCUCAAGAAAAAUUCAUUCCUAUGGAGCUCAGCUGCUACAACUGCAUUUGAGGCACUUAAAUUAGCCAUGAGCACUACACCUGUCUUGGCCUUGCCAGACUUUACCAAUCCAUUUGUAGUUGAAAGUGAUGCCAGUGACCUGUGCAUUGGAGUUGUACUACUUCAGGAAGGUAAACCUAUAGCUUACUUCAGCAAGCCAUUAGGACCCAGAGCUAGAGCACUUUCCACUUAUGAGAAGGAAUUCCUAGCCAUUGUUCUGGCUGUGCAAAGGUGGAGGCAGUAUUUACAAGGCCACAAGUUUAACAUCAGGACAGAUCAUCAAAGUAUUCAUUAUUUUCUUAACAAAAAAAUCACUACUUCUCUACAACAAAAAUAUCUCAUUAAACUUUUGGGAUUUGAUUAUGAAAUACAAUAUAAGAAGGGUACUGCAAAUAUUGUUGUUGAUGCUCUGUAUAGAAGACCAAUGACUGAAGCUGCUUUCAAUGCAAUAUCUCUUUCUACACCAUCAUGGAUACAAGAUGUCAUCCACAGUUAUGACCAAGAUCACAAAGCAGCACAAAUUAUUUCACAGCUACUUCUCCAAGCUGAUAGUGUCCUCAUUUCACCUACAAAGAAGGCAUCUUAA